GUUGGGGAUUGAGUUUGGUGGCGAUAGGGCAAAUUGCUAGGUUGCGAUUGGAAGGUGCAGCUUGUUCCAAUGAAUGUAGAAGACGGUUGAGGCAACAAUCUCGUGGCUGGAGUGGACCCGGAGAGACUUCUGCCGCUGAGAUUUGAUUCGCUGCUGGUCGAGGUCGAGGGAGAAAAUGGUGGAAUUGGAGGAGAUAGACGAGCCUUGCGCUGCCAAGGCAAGGGCACUCAUUCUACAGAAACGAUUUCAGGGGCUAAUUACAAACAUCAUCAAGGACACUCAGGAGACAUUCAGUUCGAUGAUGGACGAGCUCGACACUGACAGGAGCCCAAUGAGAAAAUUGCCGAGCCUUUUACAUGAAAGCUCCGGUCGAUUCCACUGUCAAAUGGUUCGGAAUUCCUGGAAAAGACCGAAGCCGGAAUACGCAAGUCCCGAAUCUCCUGGCCGAAGCUGCGGAUCUUUGGACACGCCAUCGCUUAGCUCAUCGGGCCUGGACGAUUAUGAACCCUCAGAAAGACUCCAAAGCCUGAUCGAAGAAGAAUUGCGUUCCCGCAAAGAAAUUGCAACGAGUCGAGAGCGCGUGCAUUAUGCACCGACGAGACCUUGCGUCCACUGGGACUCAGAUUGUGACAGCGACCCUUCCAGUUCAACAAGUUCCUCGAAGACGAGCAGAACCGUCCUCGAUGUCUUAGGGGAUGAGAAGCCUUCGAGUUCGCAGAGGUUGAACUUUCUUAUUCAGGAAGAACUGAACCGAAUGAAAAUUAAAGUGGAACAACCCAAGGACCAUGCUCGUCGUGGCGGCCACUCGUGGGCCACAUCUUACAGCGCUAUGGAAUUCACUCCAAAAUCCAAGCACUGGACGGAUCCUUUGGGCACGACACCCUCAGAACAAUCACAGUCCAAAUGGUUGCGCGGUUUGAACAGAUUUUAGUAGCUUAAGGAACGAGAUCCGCACAUCGAGCAUUGUGAACCUCGAGUGAUUGGCAAUUUUCCUCUUCCAAUUCUCAAAUCCACUACUCUCUUCACGAAAUCAUCGAGCAAACGACUUCUCAUCUGGGUCCACGAAUAGGCUCUACCCCACGUUCUCCAGGGUAGG